GACCCGACCCCGGGCCGGGGGGGUGCAGCAGCAAUUGGCCAGCCUGCCCGGCCUCCAUCCAGGCAUCCCGUGUGCGACCCCCCCGGGGUGUCCCGUGUGCGACCCAACCCGGGGUAGCACCCCAACCCCUGGAUCAGCCCUGCCAUGUGCACGACCUGGGGAGGCGGAGUAGGCACCGAGGGAUCGGGCCUGCCAUCUGCCACCCAGGGAGCAAGCCUAAGCCAGCAGGUGGUUAUCUCCCAAGGGGUCCCAGACUGUGAGAGGGCACAAGUGGGGCUGAGGGACACCCCCCCUCCCCUGCCAGUGCACAAAUAUUUGUGCACCGGGCCUCUCGUUUAUUAUAAAGUGAAGACCCCUUUUAGCACCCAGAACUGGAAAUAGAACUUGGCCAGCUGUUUCAGAAGCCAUAUCUCUGCCUUUUCCAUCACAACUCCUACCUCCUCCCAAAAGUAACCACUAUCCUGACAUUUAUGGUAAUCACUUAGAAGGAUUUUAUUUUAAUGGGACUAAAGUUUAGCUAUAAAUAAUCACUAAUAGUAGAAUAUUAGGCGGUUGAGAGGUAUGUGGGGGAGCCAUCAGAGACAGCCAGAUCUCAGCACACUUAAAAUCACAUCAUUUUAUACAGUUAGUUCACUCUGUGCCCAUAAUUAAGACAGACCUCACUGGAAAAGGAUCCCACAGAAGUCCAAGCAAGUACCAGGCUGUGCCCUAUGCCCUCAGCUAUUUUACUGUCAUCUACUGGUCCAGAAAGAGCCAUACACUGCAGUCUUUCCAAGGCAGAGCAAAAGUAGGUCCCAGCUCACAGUGCUUGGGAGAGUGCAAGGGACUAGUUGUCUUUGCUAAUGAUAUAUGAGUCCAGGACAUUGCCUAAACUUCCCUGGGCCUCAGUUUCUCACUGUGAAGUAUGGGGCCACAAUAAAGCCCUUUACAAUCACCCAUUCCUCUCCUAACUUAGUCCUCUUUCCUCAAUCUUGGUGUCUGUUUCAGCUGCCUAUUCAUUCACCCUUAUAUAAGAAGCUCAUUAUCUUCUUUUCCCAGCUGGGUCUUUCCAGUCUUGUGCUUCUCUUUUUGCCCUUGAUUCUUACACACGGUGAGUGUGCUUCACACACAUCUUUAUAAACAUACAUGUAUGUUCUUGCACAUUGGAGGUGCUGAGAAAAUGCUCAUAGAAUGAAUGAAUGUAAAGGAAGAACAAAUGAAUUCCUGUAUACAUUCCUUAAGUAUUUAGCGAGUGCCUAUUAUAUAUACAAAGAUACAAACCUGUCUCCCUACACUCUAAAGAUCAUUCCUCUCCUCCCUUUCUCCUCAUCUUCCUUUUCCAUCUUACUCCUUUUUUUCUUUCACUGCACCGCGAAGCUAGACUGAGUGCCCUGCAAGGCAGCAUGCAGACAUACAGAAGCAGGCAGGCUGGUGGAAACAGACACCAUGGAAAGAAGCCAGAGGAAAUAAGGGCAAAGACAGCUGUAUAACAUGCAGAGAAACCAACCAGAAUGAAAAGCCGUGAUUCAUGGAGCACUGCAACUCAGACACUCCUUGGAUUUCACUUUGAGAGCUGAGUCUGGAUUGGGGUCAGCGAGGGCUGGCACCAAGAUGAAGGGCAGUCAGGCUCCUCCUCCCUGGAGAUGUGGUGCUCCAAUCCCUCCCCUUAAUCCUUUUCUACCCACUCUAUCCCCACGACUCCCUCACUGACCAGUGUCCUGGGCCUUUAAGAGUUGGGUGGGCUGGACUGAAGAUAGCUCACACUUCCCCCCACCCCACUCCUUCCUUCUGGCUGUAACUCUGCCAGUCACAGCAGCAAACUGCAGUAGAGGAGGGGAGAAAGCCAGCGAGUGCAAGAAGAGCAAAGGAGAAAAGGAGAAAAGGUGCCGGCUGGGUUUCCUCAUCCCACAGUGGAGAGCAAGCACUGCAGAGCUCACAGACACAGGACUGCUAUCCUGCACACGGUGACUCUGGCGCCAGCUGGUGGAGCAGUGGGUGAUGGCAUCCCUGCUGCAAGGCCGGCUGCCCAUCAGUCAAGAUGUGCUGCUGAUGCAGAAAGGUACAAUGAUGCGCAAGGUGAGAUCCAAAAACUGGAAGAAGCUAAGAUACUUCAGACUUCAGGAAGAUGGCAUGACCGUCUGGCAUGCCCGGCAGGUCGGAGCCAGAGCCAAGGCCAGCUUCUCGAUCUCUGACGUGGAGACAGUGCGUAAUGGCCAUGAAUCUGAGUUGUUGCGCAGCCUGGCAGAGGAGUUCCCCCUGGAGCAGGGCUUUACCAUCGUCUUCCAUGGCCGCCGCUCCAACUUGGACCUGGUGGCCAACAGUGUGGAAGAGGCCCAGAUCUGGAUGAAGGGGCUCCAGCUAUUGGUGGACUUUGUCACCAACAUGGAUCAACAGGAGAGGCUGGACCAAUGGCUGAGUGACUGGUUCCAGCGUGGAGACAAAAACCAGGAUGGCCGGAUGAGUUUCCACGAAGUGCAGCGGUUACUACGCCUGAUGAAUGUGGAAAUGGAACAAGAACAUGCCUUUCAGCUUUUCCAGGCAGCAGACACAUCCCAAUCUGACACUCUGGAGGGACAAGAAUUUAUAGAGUUCUAUAAGGCAUUGACUAAGCGUGUUGAGGUGCUGGAACUGUUUGGAAACUUUUCGGCUGAUGGGCAGAAGCUGACCCUGUUGGAAUUUGUGGAUUUCCUCCAAGAGGAGCAGAAAGAAGGAGACCAUGCUUCUGACCUUGCUCUGGAACUCAUUGACCGUCAUGAGCCUUCAGAAAGUGGCAAGCUGCGGCAUGUGCUGAGCAUGGAUGGCUUCCUCAAUUACCUCUACUCAAAGGACGGAGACAUCUUCAAUCCUUCCUGCCUCCCCAUCUACCAGGAUAUGACUCAACCCCUGAACCACUACUACAUCAAUUCCUCUCACAACACCUACCUGGUGGGGGACCAGCUUUGUGGCCAGAGCAGCGUCGAGGGAUAUAUACGGGCCCUGAAGCGGGGGUGCCGCUGUGUGGAGGUGGAUGUAUGGGAUGGACCCAGUGGGGAGCCUGUUGUUUACCAUGGACAUACCCUGACCUCCCGUAUCCUGUUCAAAGAAGUCGUGGCCACUCUAGCACAGUAUGCCUUCCAGACAUCAGACUAUCCAGUCAUCUUGUCUCUGGAGAACCACUGCAGCUGGGAACAGCAGGAGAUCAUAGCACACCAUCUGACCGAGAUCCUGGGGGAUCAGCUGCUGAGCACCACCUUGGAUGGGCAGUUGCCCACUCAGCUGCCCUCACCUGAGGAGCUUCAGAAGAAGAUCCUGGUGAAGGGGAAGAAGUUAAGUACACUUGAGGAGGAUCUUGAAGAAGAGGAAGAGCUAGAGACUGAACUAGAAGGGGAGCAGGAGCCUGAGCUGGAAUCCCAGUUUGAGUCUGAGACCCAGGAGCUGAGCCCUCGCAGCAAGGACAAAAAUGAGAAGAAAUCCAAGGCCAUCUUGUGUCCAUCCCUCUCUGCCCUGGUUAUCUAUACAAAGACUGUUUCAUUCUAUAACUUCACUCAUUCGAGGGAGCACUACCGCUUCUAUGAGUUAUCAUCUUUCUCUGAAACAAAGGCCAAGAACCUCAUCAAGGAGACUGGCAAUCAGUUUGUGCAGCAUAACGCCUGGCAGUUGAGCCGUGUGUAUCCUAGUGGUCUGAGGACAGAUUCAUCUAACUACAACCCCCAGGAAUUCUGGAAUGCAGGCUGCCAGAUGGUGGCUAUGAAUGUGCAGACUGCGGGGCUUGAGAUGGACAUCUAUGAUGGCCUUUUCCGCCAGAAUGGUGGCUGUGGCUACGUGCUGAAGCCAGACUUCCUUCGUGAUACCCAGAGCUCCUUCCACCCGGAGAGGCCCAUCAGCCCUUUCAAAGCCCAGACCCUCCAAAUCCAGGUGAUCAGUGGUCAACAACUCCCCAAAGUGGACAAGACCAAAGAGGGAUCCAUUGUGGAUCCACUGGUGAGAGUGGAAAUCUUUGGUGUUCGCCCAGACACAACCCGGCAGGAGACCAGCUAUGUGGAGAAUAAUGGUUUUAAUCCGUACUGGGGGCAGACACUAUGCUUCCAGUUGCUGGUACCUGAGCUGGCCAUGCUGCGUUUUUUGGUAAAGGAUUACAACUGGACAUCCCGAAAUGACUUUAUCGGUCAGUACACCUUGCCUUGGACCUGCAUGCAACAAGGUUACCGCCAUAUACACCUCCUCUCCAAGGAUGGCACCAGCCUCCACCCAGCAUCCCUCUUCGUGCACAUCUGCAUGCUGGAAGGGCUGAGGGAGGUUGAAUCUUAAGGUGGACACUUCAUGGGAAGGGUGGGUGUACUUGCCUCAGAUGGUAAGAUAACCCUGGAAGGAUGCUCCAGAAAGCAGAGGUGGUGAAAACCAAGCAUGGUUGUGCGUUCCUAAGCAUAAAGUUACCUCACCCUUCCUAACAAGCAAAUCUAGGGCCUGAUUUUUCACCUGCUUUCUCUUCCCUUUCUUCAUUUUCACAAACUUUUGGUUACCUUUCCUGCCCUUCCCUUUUGCGUACUCUAUCCUGGAGUUCCUUCCUUCCUUUGCUGUAGGUUUAGUCCCUACCCAGACCUAGGACUAAUCUCUCUUAUCAACUCUGGCUCCAAGGCAGAUUGCAACUACAAAUCCAGAGGGGUUUGGGGCAAAGAAACCCAGAGGCAUUAUCCCCUCCCCAACAACUUCCUCAAAAGCCAGAGCCAAGGAAAGGAAAAGCCAAGCCUCAAGCCUCCCCAAGCAAAGGCUGGGGAGAGAACUGACCCUAAGACUGUACUGUGACUCUCAAGAAAACACUGCACAGCUCUGAGUCCACACUGGUCUGCUCCUUCCUGGUCCCACCAGUGUUAAUAGAGCUGCUCUCCCUAAUUUGGCUUGAGUAUGAUCUGUCAUUAUUGGGCAAUAAGGGGAAGAAUGAGGGUUGGGGGACAUUUGGGUAGACAGAAAAACAAAAGUUUCCAGGAGUCCCUCUGCAUGUGCUACAUAAGAAUGGUACAGAAGUACAGCUUCUAGGGGUCAGGGCAAAAGGAGCAGAAAAAGGGUUAUGUGAUCCAAAUCCUCCUGAAAAGUUUGCCUGCAACAGUCCUGGUUUAUGACUGCUGUCCCAGCACAAUUAUUAAUAGUACCUUCUUUAAUUUCCCUAGUGUGCCCUAGUUUAGAUGAUUAAUUAGUCACUGUAAGACAUUUAUAGAAUUCUGCAUUAGAGAUUUACCUCCAACCCUGCAAUCAUUUGCCUUUCAUACUAUCUUUAUGCUUGAAUUCUAGUGUAGUCUGAGGAAUGAUGUUUCCAUGAGGAAGCUUAGUGAGUGGCAGUCCUCCCUCUACAGCAAGGGUGGGGAACGUCUGGCCCAUGGUCAGUAUAAGGCUCACAAAAUCAUUUGGUCUUGCUCUGCCAAGGCAUUAGGGGUCAGUUAAUUAAAUGUUUGACCAAAUAUAGCAGGCUAGUUUUAAGUUGAUAAUUUUGUAUGGCCUGUAAAUGUUAUAAAUAAUCCAAAUUGCCCUUGGCAGAAAAAAGGUUUCCCACCCUUGCUCUACAGGUAGUUAAAGUUGUUCAGAAAUAGGGAGAAGAGCAAGGGCCAAGACAGACUCAAGAACAGAGAGAAGGCAGACUUGGGCCUGUUUGAGAAUCAAUCACUCAGUGAAGAUGGAAGGAGAAAAGGAGGCAGAGGUCUAAGAGGAGUUGGGGUAGAUCGAGAUGACAGACUGAAAAUGUUAAAACAGGGAGAUGGACGAGUCUAUAAGCUAGUAAGCAUUCUAUUUAACAUGCUUUACAGAGCGUUAGGCACAACAGCACAUGCAGUUCAGUACAAUUGUUUUAAAAGAAG